UCGUUAUCAUUUUCCUUUAUGCAAGCAACAGUUUUGCCAGUCUCACACCUUGCUACACUGAAAGGCUAUGGUUUCAUCAUUAUUCCCAUUUUUUAUAAGUUAUUAAUGAUUCAGAAACAUAUUUUAGGAACACAAUGAAGUAUUUAGGGUGGCAAAAAUAAAUAUUUAUUAGGUGAUAUUUAGUUUUUGUUUGUGAAUAAAUUGGCACAAUCAAGUCAUUUAUUAACACAUACGAAGAUAGCCAUCGGAACAUGUUACUGCUAGGUUUUUCAAUAAUGAUGCGAUCUGGACUGGUUAGCACUCGGCGUUACUGCAGUUCCUCAGCGAUCGCUGCCAAGAAGUGGAUUUACGCAAAAGUAUUCAAAGGAGAACCAACGCAGCACAACUUUCAAUUGGAGGUGGACAAAUUGCCGGCUUUGAAAGAUGGAGAUAUCCUUGCGCAGGCCGAGUACAUCAGUGUCGAUCCGUACAUGCGACCCUAUAUGAUGGCUUACCCAGCCGGAUCGCUCAUGAUUGGUGGUCAAGUGGGAAAGGUGAUCGACAGCAAGAACGCUUCCUUCCCCGUGGGAUCUUCAAUAUUCGGCCAAUUUGGUUGGCGUACGCACACCGUCUGCAAUCCAGAAACGAUGAAGAAAGAUCAACCUUACCUACUGCCUAGUUUCGGAAAUUUGCCUACCAGUUUGGCUCUUGGCGUGCUGGGAAUGCCGGGCAAUACGGCCUAUUUUGGAUUGCUGGAAUUGUGCUCGCCAAAGAAGGGAGAAACUGUGGUUGUAAGUGGUGCAGCAGGAGCUGUAGGUAACCACGUUGGUCAAAUUGCUAAGAAUCUAGGAUGCAGAGUAGUUGGAAUCGCCGGAUCCGAUGCCAAAUGCCAGUGGUUGAAGGACCUAGGAUUCGAUGAAGCUAUCAAUUAUAAGACAGCUAACAUAUUUGCUGAAUUGAAGAAGGCUGCCCCAAAAGGAGUAGACGUCUAUUUUGACAAUGUAGGCGGUCAAAUAUCCGAAACGGUUAUCAAACAAAUGAAUUUAUAUGGAAGGAUUGCAGUUUGUGGAACCAUAUCCAAUUAUAAUACUGCAAUCGAAAAGGUUUCGGACCCAUUGAGACAGAUGGUCUUUAAGCAACUGAAAAUGGAAGGAUUCGUGGUAUGGCGCUGGAACGAUAGGUGGAUGGAAGGAAUUGAGGCCAACUUGAAGUGGAUAAACGAGGGUAAACUGAAAUGGCACGAAACCGUAACGGAAGGCUUCGAAAAUUUACCAAUGGCAUUUAUUGACAUGUUGAAGGGAGGCAACACCGGUAAGGCGGUUGUGAAAAUUAUUUAACUUUUUUUUUUUUUGAAUGUUAUAUUCUAAACGAACCUUCAAAAUAUAUUAAUAAGCGACUAAA